AUGUCAUCCAACACCUUUUCAAACACAAACACCGGCGACAAGCCCGAGGAUCCUUACAAGGCCAAGAACCUCGACACUGCUGCGACCACCAAGGAGAAGAUUGACGAUCUCGCCAAGUUCAUGGACUCCUGCAAGUUCGGCAUGAUGACCACUCGCGACAGCACAACCAGCUACUUACACUCCCGUUGCAUGGCGCUGGCUGCCAAGGAGACGGGAGGCAUUGAUCUACUGUUCCACACCAACACCGAGUCUGGCAAGACGGACGAGCUCGCUUCAGACCCACACAUCAACAUUUCCUUCAUCAACACCUCAGGGGAGUGGGCUUCCAUCUCAGGAAAGGCCAGCAUCGAGACGGACCGCUCCUUGGUCAGGAAGUAUUAUUCGCAGGACCUCAAAGCGUGGGUCGGCGACCUGGGUGACGGCAAGCACGAUGGUAGCGCCGAGGACCCUAGGAUCGGUAUCAUCCGUGUCAAGAUGCACUCGGCCGUGUAUUCGGUCGUGAACAAGAAUUUCAUCAGCAGAGCCGCCGAUAUCGCCCAAGGUGCCGUCACGGGCAAGGCACCAACUAUCCAGAAGUUGAGGGAGAUUAGCGAGGACGAGGUUCUGACUUGGAGAAAGGCCAACUAA